CAUUUCCGCCCUCUCCAGUCGGCACGCGCUGUCUGUGGUGCUGAAACGAGUCUCCAUGCUGAUGGAUGAGGAGUGUGUGUCAGGUUCUGUCCGGCCGGAGUGUAACAGCACCUCGGGACAGCGUUCAGUGCUGCUGGUGUGUGAAGGUCAUGCGGAUCAGAUCCUCACAGUCCUGCGCUCGUUCCGUGACAGAGGCCUGCUGUUCGACUUCCACAUUCGUGUUCAGGAUGAGGUGGUUCCAUGCCAUCGCUGCGUCCUCGCUGCCUGCAGUGACUUCUUCAGGGCCAUGUUCGAGGUGGACAUGCGAGAGCGUGAUGACGGGUCCGUCACACUCAGCACUCUCUCUCCGCAGGCCGUACGCAGCUUCCUGGACUUCGCGUACUCGGGCCGCGUGGAAAUCGUGGAGGAAAACGUCGACAUGUUUUUCCAGUUGUCGUCUUUUCUACAGGUGAGCGCGCUCUCUAAGGCCUGCAGUGACUUUUUAAUCCAGAUGCUCGAUCUCUCGAACUGCCUUCACCUGUUGUCUGUCGCCGAGGGUUACGGCUCAUCGCACCUUCUGGACCGAGCGACUGAGUUUGUGAUGACCAACUUCCACGCGCUCUCCUCCAGUCCAGACUUCCUGGAGAUGCCUGCAGGGAUCCUGAGACGCUGCCUGGCUUCAGAUUCUCUCAAUGUGCCGGAUGAAGAAAGUGCGCUGCGAUCGCUGAUCCUCUGGACUCGGCAUCACCUGCGAUUUCGGCAGGGUUCUCUCCCUGAGCUCCUCUCACACAUCCGACUGCACCACCUCCCCCCUGCCAGGCUGGAGGAAAUGAGCCGGUCCGAGGCACUGAUACUCAACAGUGUAGAAUGUUCCAGAGCAGUGACGAAAGCGUUGGCACAAGCGACAGAGUCUGAAGGUCUUUUUCCAGACGCCCGUCCGUCCACGGUGUCCAGCUACGUCUACGUGCACAAAACCGAGGAGAACGGAGAGAAGCGCCACACAUUCUGCUACCAUGUGGAAACAAACCGCUGGCUCCAGCUGCCACCUUCAGAGCUUGCUGACCUCCCAGGCUCAUCUGUUACCAGUUUUGGAGAGAAGCUGUUUGUCAUGGGUGGAUGCCGGGGCAAAUGCUGCAGGACGGUGAGACUUCACAUUGCCGAGCCUGAGCACGAGGCUACAAAGGAAGCGUGGAGCUACUGUCCUGUCUCUGGCCAGUUUGUAGAAAUCCAGGCCAUGCGAUAUCCUCGAACACUGCAUGUCUCUGUUUCUGCCCUGCACCACAUUUACGUCAUAGGCGGUAAAACUCUGGGAAGCCACGGCCUCCUGGAUGUGGAGCGCUUUGACCCACUGGGCCGCACAUGGAGGUCUGUGAGUUCAUUACCGCGCCGGAUCUAUUUCCCAGAGGCAGCAGUGUGUGGCGCCAUCAUCUACAUUCUAGGCUCAGAGAUGGAGACCUCCGAUGCCUUCAACCCGUCACUGGACUGUUUUUUCCGCUACGAUGCUGAAGCUGAUCAGUGGUGCCAGCUGGUGGCAGAGUUCGGACAGUUCUUUCAUGCCACGCUUGUUAAAGCUGUGUCUAUUAAGAAGACACUCUACCUGUGUGACCUGUCCACAUAUAAGGUGUACAGUUUCUGUCCAGAGACGUGUGUGUGGAAGGGUGAGGGAUCUUUCGAGUGUGCGGGCUUUAACGCAGGUGCCGUGGGCGUGCAGGAAAAAAUCUACAUCCUGGGAGGAGACUACUCUCCCGAUGAGGUCACGGAUGAGGUGCAGGUUUAUGACAGUGGGAAGAGCGAGUGGCAGGAGGUGGCGCCGAUGCCGUGUCCAUUAACUGAGUUCCACUGCCAGGUGAUCAGCUUUAACCGCUACAGAGACCCCUGGAGACCCAAACCUGCAGAGAUACAAUAAACAUACAGU